CACCAUAUUUGCAAUAUUUACCUAGUUGUAGUUUCCUGUUUCCGAACAGGUGUGAAUGACCUGAAAAACACUGGUGAUGAUUGAAGCAAUUAGUGAUUUUGAAAAUGAAACUGAAAAAACACUUCACGCUCGACAUCGAACAGAAUAAGGUUAAUACAUUUUUGGCUUCAAGUACAAGCCAAGCAUUCUUCGUAAAACCGAUCGAUAUGAAUAAAUUAUUGAUCUUUCUACUGGUAGCAGCUGCUUCCACAACCUCCCGAGCUCAAAAUGAGGAAUCCAAUAUCACAAAGGCUCUGAAGAGCUUUAAAGUUAUACCAGACAUGAUUACAUCAGAUGUUCCAGAAGCAUUAAAGAUUACUUUUAACAGUGGAGCAGUUGUGAACAUGGGAAAUAUUAUAUAUCCAUCACAAGCAAAAGAUCAACCCAUGGUAGAUUGGAAUGCUGACGAAAAUGCUUACUACCUUUUAGUUUGUGCUGAUCCUGAUGCACCGUAUCCUGAGGAUCCUUUUUUAAGUGAACUUAAUACUUGGAUGGUUGGUAAUAUUCCUGGAAAGAAUAUUCUUUCAGGUGAUGUUCUGAUUGAGUACGUAGGAUCUGCACCACCUAGAGGAGCAGAUUUAAAUCGAUAUGUGUUCUUGCUUUACAAACAACCAAAGCGUAUUGAAUUUGAAGAAAAACCCAUUGAUAAAUAUACAAUCGAAGGACGAUCAAACUUUUCAGUGAAUGCCUUUGCUUCGAAAUACGAUUUAGGUGAACCUGUAGGAGCAGAAUUCUAUCUCUCUGAGUAUGAUGACUAUGUUUUAGAUCUUUAUGGUCAGCUUCAAUGCUGUUUUGAAUUAAACAAACCUGAAUGAAAUUUUUAAAUAAUAAUAAAACAAAUUUUUUGAUUUAAA